AUGAGUGCACUCACUGCAGAAGGCACAAGAAGAGCAACAUCUCCAUUGCACCUUGUAAAUUUUCACAACCCCGAAUCCAUAAAAACCUGUAAAGUCUUCUCGGACGCUGAUAUGGGAGGCUUUUCACGAGUACAUUUCGAUUGGAUACCUCCCUCCGGGAAUCCCAAUCCUACUCCCUCCGAGAACAAGAAUGGACACGUCAAAUUCCAUGGAAACAUAUCGAUAGACUUGCCCCCGAACAGACCCCAAAUACAGAGAAGUGGCUAUGCGGCUUGGAGGACUCUUGAUCAACCAUCCACAAUAUUUGGAAAAUCAUUAUGGAACAUAGAUCCGUAUGCAUUGCUCGCCCUGCGCAUCAAGAGUGACGGGAGGAAGUAUUUUGUGAACAUACAAACGGAAUCAAUCGUACCUACGGAUAUACACCAACAUCGAUUAUAUGCGCGAAGGCCUGGAGAGUGGGAGACAGUAUUGAUUAAAUGGAAUGAGUUUGUGCGCACGAACCAUGGUGUUGUCGUAGAACCACAAGGCGAAAUGUUGAGACAGAAGCUGUGUGUGGAGAGAAUAUGGGCCACCAAUGGAUUGACUGAGGAGGACCUAGAAGAAGAUGGCAGAGAGGAAGAGGGACAACUGAAGAGCAAACAUGGGGCGAAUAUCAGAUGGAGCGAGGAGAAAGCCGGCAAGCCUCCUUCAUAA